UCGGCGACCACUAACACCAACAACGUUUCAGAAUUUGCUUGCGUUUUGUUUCGUCGUCGAAUUCAAGAUACAAUAUUCCGUGUAUUUUGUGUUGUUUUCUCUCAGAUAGCUAAAAAGAAAUCGAAAUGGCAGCUUACACCGAGGAUCAGUUGGCUGAAUUCCAGGAGGCCUUCAACCUGUUCGACAACCGCGGAGAUGGAAAGAUUCAGCUGAGCCAGGUGGGCGAGUGCCUGAGGGCCCUGGGCCAGAACCCCACCGAGUCGGACGUGAAGAAGUGCACCCACCAGCUGAAGCCCGAUGAGCGCAUCUCGUUCGAGGUGUUCCUGCCCAUCUACCAGGCGAUCUCCAAGGCCCGCUCGGGCGACACGGCCGAUGACUUCAUCGAAGGACUGCGUCACUUCGACAAGGACGCCAGCGGGUACAUCUCCUCCGCCGAGCUGCGCCACCUGCUGACCACGCUGGGCGAGAAGCUCACCGACGAGGAGGUCGAACAGCUGCUGGCCAACAUGGAGGACCAGCAGGGCAACAUCAACUACGAGGAGUUCGUGCGCAUGGUCAUGAGCGGUUAGGAUCAGACCGAUUCUAGCUGUCCAACUUUCCAGCAACACGACAAUAGAAGCAACGCUAUAUCCAACACAAUACAACAGCAACACUAAACACACCUGCCAAGCUACAUAGAUAGAUGAGCCGUUCAUUCCGCCAGAAGUUCCAACUCCGUGAUUCCAACUUAGCCAUUCUUCCCCCGGCAUAAAAGCAUUCAAAACCAAGGACAACGACCAAGGAUAUCGAGA